CAUAGAAUAAUCUUUAAGAAUAAUAUCAGAAAGAAGUUAAAAAAUUAUUCAAUUUUAACAAUGGAAAUCUUCUUCCAACCAAGUCUUUAAAAAACCUAAAAAAGGUAAUUAAUUUCAAAUAGAUUUCUAAAAGUGUUAAAUAUAUAUUUUAUCACUUUUUUAAGCAUGUUCAGACUUGGGAAUAAACCGAUUUGCUUGUUUAUUAUGGUCUUUGGAUCAAUCGUUUUUUCAAUAACAUGGGUUAUUAAAGGCUAUUUAGAUGUUCAUUACAAUCUACUUGUAAGCAUCAAUGAGCGAACUACUAAUCUAGAAAAUGGGUUAAGGAAGCAAUUGGACUAUAUAGUGAAAGAAAAGAACAAUGUUAACGUAAUAAGUACUAAUCCGCAAAACUCUCUCUAUUCGCGCGGACGUUCAUUAAUGUUGAUACCCAGUCGUCAUGCGUCGUUCAGAAGACGUCCGUGAGACUUCCGAUGGACGUCCGUCGGACGACUCAUGCUCACUGGCAUGGCUCGAAUUAGAAAAUAUGGAAAAACACUUUAAAAAAAAUCUUUUUCUUGGCAACGCCCGUGAAAAAAAAUCCUUUCUUGUCAUGGGCGUACCAACAGUUUAUAGAGAAAAAGGGUUUUACAUUAUUGAUACUUUGCAAUCGUUGGUAAAUAAUCUCGACAAAAAAGAUUGGAACAAAGUUGUAAUUGUUGUCUUUGUUGCAGACUUUCGUCCAGAUUACUUUCAAAAAGUAUUGAGUCAUGUAAAAUCAAACUUUUCUGAAGAAAUAAGUGCAGGAUUGAUACAGGUUAUUCAACCAUCUGCAUCCUUCUACCCUAGUAUGGAAAAUAUUCCAACAUUGUACGGCGAUUCAAUAACACGCACUAUAUGGAGAUCAAAGCAGUCUCUUGAUUAUGCUUUUCUUUUUUAUUAUUGCGCAGAUCUCGCCCAGUUUUAUAUUCAACUUGAAGAUGAUAUCAUAGCUGAAGAAAAUUAUUUAGAAAAAAUUAGUGAGUUUAUUAGAAAUAGUGAGGAUUGGGCAAUUUUAGAAUUUGGUGCUAGAGGAUUUAUUGGCAUGACGUACCGCAGUGAACAUCUAAAAUUGCUUUCCAAGUUUGUUCGUUUUGCUUAUUGGACAAUGCCAGUAGAUUGGACUUUUCGUUAUUUUAACGACUUAUUUUUAAAUGGGAAAUCUCACAAAACAAAAUCACCGAUUUUUAAACAUGUUGGUCAAUUUUCGUCAUUAGAUGGUCAAGUCAGGAAACUUGAAGAUAUAAACGAUUAUUCUGAACAGAUAGGUGUUCAUAUUUACCAAUCCAAAGGCGGAAAUCCCAAAGCAGAAAUAAAAACAACGAUGACUGAAAUUGUUCGUCCUCAUGAAAUAACUAACCCUUACGGUAAUUCGGGUCAGUUUUGGUCAAAAAAAGUUCAAGUUGGAGACACUAUAGACAUUAUUUUUGAAAAUCCAACUAAAAUAUCGCAAUUUAUAAUUUCCAGUGGAAAUUCCCAACAUCCUGCUGAUAUAUUGUAUGACACUGAACUUCUCGCAAGCACAGAUCAUUCAUGUGCAAAAUAUACAUUAUUAAAAACAUUUUUUAAUUCUAAUAUAGUAAAAUAUAACUUUGAUGCUGCUGCAGGUUAUAUAAAAUGUUUACAACUAAAAAUACUAAGUACUGGUCACGAUGAGCUUAAUAGACCAACAUGGUUGAUUGUUUCGGAGAUUGCUGUUCUCGUAUAAUAUAAAAUUUUUAAAAAAAGAAAACAUUUUUAAACUUUGUUUUAAUCAGAUUCUAAAAUAGAAAACUUUGCAAUAUUUCAGGAUUUGGGUUCAAUAAAGGCUUUAGGGAAUAACAGCUAAUUUUGUUACAAGUUAAAGUAAUAAAAUAUGUUUUUCGUAAGGUUUCUUCAAUGUCUUUUCCUGGUUGUCUUUAAAAAUGCUUUUGAAGCAAAAAAUUUA